GUUACAUGCUUCUGGUUCAUCGCAUUUAAUCGGAUUCCCUGAGCUGCAGAGCAGAGGCAGAGAAUUAGAUUUUUAAAAAUCCAUCUCCCUCUCUUGACAAUGUUCACUUCAAAAUCCAGCUCUGUGUCUCCUUCGCCAUCUAUGGAACCUGCAGAUUCAGAUGCGUUGGAUAUCAGCACCAAAGUGCAGCUGUACGGAGUGCUCUGGAAGAGACCUUUUGGGAGACCGUCGGCCAAAUGGUCCAGGAGGUUCUUUAUUAUCAAGGAGAGUUUUCUGCUUUACUAUUCUGAGAAUGAAAAGAAGAGCUUUGAAAACAACAGGUACUUUAAUAUCCACCCCAAGGGUGUCAUACCUCUUGGUGGCUGCAUCGUUGAAGCCAAAGAAGAGCCAAACAUGCCUUACGCCAUGAAAAUCUCCCAUGAGGACUUCCAUGGUAACAUUGUCCUGGCCGCAGAAUCAGAAUAUGAACAAGCCCAGUGGUUGGAAAUGCUACAGGAGUCUGGAAAAGUGACCUGGAGAAAUGCUCAGCUCGGAGAAGCCAUGAUUGAGAGUCUCGAAGCUCAGGGACUCCAGCUGGCCAAAGAGAAGCAGGGGUAUUUAGAUAAACUGAUGGAAGAGACUGAAGAACUCUGUCUACAGAGGGAGCAGAGAGAGGCUCUGGAGCGCCUCAACCAAGUAUUGGAGGCAGAGAAGCAGCAGUUUGAGGAGGUGGUGCAAGAUCUGCGGGUGGAGCAAGAGCAGAUUAAACGAGAGCUGGAAAUGACUGCCCAGUCCCUCAAAGGAGUGGAGGAGGAGAAGAAAGGACUUCGAAAGCUGACAGAGACAUUGCAGAAAACACUGGAAGAGCUCUCCCUGGAAAAGCAACGAACUCUGGAAAUGCUGGAAGAGAAUCAGGGUCAGUUGCGGCCCGUGACCAGCCCUAGUACUGAACAACCUGAUACUACCGGGGGUCUGCAGAGCAGCUUGCACCAAAUCGAGGAGAAAAUGCACCAACUGCUAGAGGAGAAACUCCUGGCUGAGAAAAGAAUGAAGGAGAAUGAAGAACGCUCCCAAGCUCUAGAGAAGGAGCGGGAGUUCUACUCUUCCCAAUCCCAGGCUUUACAGAAUUCGCUGUCCGAACUGACGGCUGAGAAACAGCAAACCGAGCAAGACCUCAAGGCAGAAGUGAAGGUGCGCAUGGACCUGGAGAAACGUUUGCAGGAGGCUGAGGAGGCCCUGCAGAGCCUUGAACAAGGCCUGAAUUGUAAGCAUCGUAACAAAGAGAAGGAGGAAAAAAUGAAAGUUGAUGUCAGCAAUCUGAAAAAAUUCUUUGAGGAGUGCAUCCGGAACGCUGAGUUGGAAGCCAAGAUGCCAGUGAUCAUGAAGAACUCUGUGUACCUUCACAAGGCUGCCACCCGCAGGAUAAAAAGCUGUAGAUUUCACAGCAGAAGAUCCAGCAACUCAUGGGAUGACUUGCGGCUGUCGCAAUCGUUCAUGUAUUCAGAGGCUGAAAACAUAGAAGAGCUGAAGCAAGUUGCCAAGAGGCUGACCCAGGACCAGCAUUUCCGGGAAACCAUCUAUCAGAUCAUGAUAUCACAUCAGAGUUCCUCCUCAGGCAACAAAAAGUGAACUCUCUCCUUUCCCGUUGGGAGAUAGAGUCCAAACUCAGCUUCCCAUCAUUCCAUUCAGCAAAAAUGAAAUUGUUGUGACUAGGAGGCAGAAGUGGGAUGCCAGUUUGUAUUGUGCCCUUUCCAAGGGAAUUGGGAAUGGUGAAUGUAACACUUUCCAUUGUGUGAGGUUGUGGGGAGGGGAGCUGUUUCACCUCACACAUUGUGAAUAUUUUGCCAUUUGCUCCUGUCCCAUCUGUUAAUGCUCCCAUUUCAACAUGUUUUGCCACAGUUCUGCAGUCAGUGUUAAAGUGAAUCACACACCUUAGCUUAGAGUCUUAGAGAAUGCUCAGCUGAUCCUUUCAGACCAGGGACAGAUACCCAGUUUGCCCUUUCCCAACCACACAAGGAUAAAGUCUUCUAUAUUGUAGUACAGAGUAGGUAUAUACUACUCAUACUCUGCUUCCUUGGGUUUCUGAUUACAUAUGGAAGUCUGGUCAAAUCCUCUUUACUUUAUGCACAGGCAGUUCCCCUAAGUGCUCAGAUGGCCAUUUGGUGGAUAGUUAUCUGUUUUCACCCUGCUUUGGCUGUAAAACAUACAUGCUUCUAGUAUACUGUUUUAUGCUUCCCACAUUCUCGGAGUGGCAGGAAGUUUCAGGGUAGAAACACACUCACUGUUCUGCCAGUUCCAGUGCAUCUCCACCUCUCUCUUCUGAAAAUGGGGGCACACUAUGCCCAUUUUGGCCCAUGGGGUCAAACCCUUCCCCUUUUUUCUUUAAAACCUGGCAGGAGCAGCUUGAGUGCAUUUUUUUUUUAAAAAAUCAGCUUCAAAGAGCUUUUGCAAUUGAUCAGCAGAUCAACCGUUCCCCCUCCAGGUGUGGCUAAUGGAAACGCUUUGCACUGGCAACUAGUGGGUUCACAGCCUCAGAGGCAGCCUUCCACAGGGGCUUCCAUGGCUCUUGUGAGGCAAGAGAUCUGAGGAUUUAAUAGGCUUUUAUAGUAUCUGUUUCCAAAUCGACAAACAGAGCAAGGCGGAGCAGCUAAACAAUGCUAACACUGUUAAAGUUCCUUAACCAAACAGCAUACCUUUGUAACUUUCCCCAAGGCUGCUUCUUGCUAGCCAACAGCAAAACUUACUCUGUUUUAUUUAUUGCCUAAAUUUAGACUGCACCCUCCUCUCCCUGCUUUCUUCAGUACACCCAGUAUUAGCUUCUGGAUACACUCUGCUGUUGGUGUGACCUGCACAUCCCAGCAUCUUGUAGCAGCUAGCCACCAGCUAUCAAGCAAGGAAGCCUAGGCAGAUGGGCUUAACACAACUUUGCCCUUUCAUUAGCCUUCUCCCAAAAAAACUAUAUACAGCUAAACAACUCUCUUCUAAUUCCACCUGUUAAAAUACAUCUUGAAUGUUGUUCUUCUAGACGAUGGACAGAGAGAGGGAGAGAGUAGUCUCCUUAGCAUGUGUAAUGAAGUGAAAUGCAGACCAGAUUCUUGAUUUCAGUCCUCUGUGGAAUCAAGUAGAAAAUAAGAUACUAAUUUCCCCUUAUUUAUUUUAUUACAGUGGUAUAUAACCUGCCUUUUUACAUGGACUGUGUUCAAGGCAGUGAAGGGCGUCCUCAGUUAUGCACUGUUCAAAAAUCUCUUUGAGGACUGUGCUGGGCUAAUGGUCAGUGAUGACUGUUGCACAGCCACUGGCCUCAGCUUGCUCUAAUAUUGUUGAUGCCCACAGCUAGAAAUGGAAGCACAGCAUGGCAGUACAAGUUUGCUGUAGUUGGCCUGCCACAGAAACAUUAGCUAACUGCACACACUUGCAUUAAUAGUUUUCUUUGUUGUUGUUGUUAUGUGCCUUCAAGUUGAUUACAACUUAUGGUGACCCUAUGAAUCAGCUACCUCCAAUAGCAUCUGUUAUAAAUCACCCUGUUCAGAUCUUGUAAGUUCAGGUCUGUGGCUUCCUUUAUGGAAUCCAUCCAUCUCUUGUUUGGCCUUCCUCUUUUUCUACUCCCUUCUGUUUUUCCCAGCUUUAUUGUCUUUUCUAGUGAGUCAUGUCUUCUCAUUAUGUGUUCAAAGUAAGAUAACCUCGGUUUCAUCAUUUUAAGCUUCUAGUGACAGUUCUGGUAAUAGUUUUCUAAUCUAACAAAAUUAAAAAUGGAGGAUCUAGGGCAGAGCUAUUGCCAUGAGGCUGUGUAUCUGCCAUAUAUUUAAAGCACAUUAAAAGCACAUUUUCCCCAAAAGAAUCCUGAGGACUUUUUUUUAAGGAUGCUGGAAAUUACAGCUAUAAGGGGUUAGUAACCCUCCUGUAACCAUUACCUUUUUGGAAGAGCAUUGGCUCCCUCUAGUGGUCCUCUGUAACAAUGGAAUUGCCUUGAGCCCUGCUUUACAGGCUGUAAAAAAUAAUAAUAUACAACACUACAUUACAGACAUCCAGUUGUGAAUUAAUAAAUAACAGAGUCACCCCUGUUAGAGUUAUUUCAUAAGAAACAAGAAAUGCCUUUAUCUAAAUGGCAGUGAGGGAUUUUCCUUUCUCAUCUACCUCUGUGGGACUUCUCAAAAUGUUAUUUCCCCAAACUCAUCCCAACAGAAUAUUUGUCCAAUGUGAUAUGAUGCUGUACAUUAGGGGAGGACAUCUUUUUUUAGCCUAAGAGCUACAUUCCUUUUUGGAUAACCUUCUGGGGACCACAUGACUGCGGGGCCACGUCAGAGGCAAAAGUGGGCAAAGCAAUGAAUGUGCUGUAUUUGACCUUUAUACAGUAGGCAAGUUUCACACACACUUCUCUGUCCUCCAUUCAGGAAAACAAAAGGCAUUAUCAAGAGUUCAGGGACACAUUCCAGCCAACCAAAAGCACUCAAGUUGGGCCAGUGAGGGAUGUGGCAGGGGAAGGAGGAGUGGUGGUGAGGAGAGCCCCAGGGCCAAAUAUACUCCCCUUUCAUGAAGGGCCACGCUGGGCCCCAGGGUCAGAGGUUCCCCGCCCCCACUGUACAUAAGAGUGAAGUGAGUAUCUGUGCAAUACAGACUGAUAAGAGCAUCCUUUUGAAAUAGUUAUACAAAUCCAUUAAGAGUAUAAGAAGAGCCUGCUGGAUCAAGCCAAGGACCCGUAUAGUCCAGCAUCCUGUUCUCACAGUGGCCAACCAGAUGUCCAUGGGAAGCCUAUCGGGAGAACCUGAGCGUAAUAGCAACACACACACACAAUUCCCACCAACUGGUAUUCAGGGGCAUACUGUCUGCCCCUGAUGCAGGAGGUAGAACAUGGCCAUUGUAGCCCGUAACCAGCCUAAAAGUUCACAGAGGGCACCAAAAAGGUCAGGGGGAGGGAGGAGAACAUUUUUUCCUGUAAUAAAUUUAAUUAUUUGUUUGUAAAAAAACCCCAAAUAGAUUGGGGUGGGCCCCCAUAGCUCCCCCAGCCUGAGCCUUAUCCUCCAUGAAUUUGUUUAAUCCUCUUUUAAAGCCAUCCAAUUUGGUGGCCACAGCUACUUCUUAUGGGAGAGAAUUCCAUAGUUUAACUAUGCGCUGUGUGAAGCAGUACUUUUUUUUUUGCCUGUCUUGGAUCCUUCGGUAUUCAGGGCUUGAUCAGAGCAGAUAACUUAAGCACUGUGUGAAUGCAUUUAGCUCAGCAAGGCUUCUGCCACUCUCAGAUAGGCCUGAAGGUGAGUCAGCAGAUAGAGGGGGGAGUAUGGAGUUGUGUAAGUCCUAUGUGCGGGUGCAGGCAUAAUGCACACACAGGCAGCGCAUUGGCAAGCUCUUUUUCAUUCACAUAAAACUAAUGUCUGUCAACAUGCCUGCAUUGUGGCCUCUGUUGUGUAGGGAUGGGUAAAUUGAGGUCCCAAAGACAAUGGAAGAACCUCAAUUAAAGCUCAGAGGAAAUGUGAACUCUUACAGAUGUGCUGAAUCUUAGAAGCCAGUUUUCCAGUCUAUUUAAUGUAGUGAUGGGUGUGGAAUGUAAUGACUGCAACAAAGAAUACGUUGAUGUUUGUGAAAGAUUACCCAAAUCACCUAUUUCGUUUCACGUACAAUACAGUACUGUUACCUUUCCCUCCCAUUUUCUGUGUGUGGUGACAGUGUUCAGAGUUCUAGAUGUGACAAACACACUAUUAAGAUAUCCCAGAAAACCCCACAAUACAUACAUUAAAUAUUUUUGGUUGAAAACAUGGUCUGGGUACAAAUGUGGCCAAACUAUAGUUUGAGCAUUGAAAACACACUGCAGGCUUGUAUGUGGGGCCAGUGCCAGACUGGGGGGGGGGCUUGGCAUGGUGGUGUUAAUGGGCCCAGCCACCCUCAACCAUGAACCUAGCCAGGCCCAGCCACACCACCAGGUUUGUAGUCAUCCAGGGUCAUGGGGGGUCUUAGACCCCUUAGUUUUGGGGGAGCAGAGUCCCAGCAGGAUCCUUAUGUCUCCAGUGUCCUACAAUCCAAUCAGCAUGAAAGGGGAGUAUGUUAGCCACUGAGAAGAGCCUUCUAACUUGCUUCCUUGCCCUUCCCUGCUGAGUGGAGCCAAUCAAAGUGAAAGGAGGUGAGUUUGCCACUGAGGAGACUCUUUUUAGUAGCUUACACUUUCCCCUUUCAUGCUGCUUGACUCCUAUGGACAUCUGUUGUUGUGGGGGAAGGUAUUACCAAGGAUCUCAUUCUCAAUCCAGCAGCAAAGAAAAAAGGGAGGGGGUGUGGCUGUGACUAUCUUGAAGGGACCCUGCACUUCUGAAUUUGCCACUAUAUUACUGCAUGCCAUCAACUUAUAUUUUUUCUGCCACCACUUCUUGGUUGACAGUACUACUCCUUGCCCUCUAUCAAGUUCAUAGAUGUAUAAUUCUACUCAGAUUAUAUACCUAUAGGAUCAAUCAAUUUAAUAGAUCUAUGGGCUGUGGCAUUAUAUUUUGGGCAACUUCAAAUGGCAGGUGGCCACUAUGGAUGGGAGCCAAGCACAGCUCCUGUUCAAAAGUGGCACUGCCACCCACUGCUGAAAAGCAUCUAGGGGCCCAUCAAGGGCCCAGGGAGAGUGAUGAAUGGUUGUGAGGCCAAGAUGGGCUAAGUCCCUGGGACCCUCAAUCAGUGUCAAGCCUUGCCGACCCUGGCACCAGCCCGGCUUGCAUGCUGCCUCUCCCUUCUUUCUCCUCCCCUUGUGUCAGAGCACAUGCUGCAGAAGGUUCCAGGUUCAAUGCUUGGGCUAGAAAAGUUUUUGGAGAGCUACUAUCAUCUACAGAGCUAGACGGACCAAAGGUCUGACUCAGUAUAAGGCAACUUCCUCUGUUCCUAGAAUAAAGGUGGUAUUAUUUAUUAAGAGUCCAACAGAGGUGUACUCAGGACAUUGCUAUUAUAUGUUUUGACUAUGCAGUAUUCAUUACUGUUGUUGUUGAGAUUUUUGAUGUUCUAAUAUAAUUAUAUGUUUUUAUUCUGUACGUCGCCCAGAGUGGCUGGACAACCAGCCAGAUGAGUGACUAAUAAAUCUAAUAAAUAAAUAAAAUAAAUAAAUAA